GGCAUUCCUUGCCAUUAAGGUGCCAUUAAGGCAGUGACGUGGAUGUCAGUUGAAUUGGCUACAUGGAGCUGGAUGCAAACCAGGAGGGAACAAAGUCCUUGCCGGGGAUCGGGUAAAGAGUUGUUCCAUCUCUCUAAACAGCUAAAUGUUGACUCAGUCCCACCUCCGCCUAAGAAGACCAGCUAUUAUUAUGUUUGUAACCUCACCCUCAAAGACUUUCAGGGCAGCUCCAAUGGAGUUUCCCCAGGUCAACCUCACAGUAACCUUGCAAUUUAGAUUAGGAAAGGAGAUUUGGAUGGGGGGAGAGCUGGGUUCAAAGCUCUGCUGCAACAGGAAGCUCACUGGGUGAACAUGGAGAACUGGGCCAAAACUAGUGAAAUGAAUUCCAAUAGGGACUAAUGAAAGAUUCUGCACUUUGGCAGGAAUAACCAGCUGCACAAAUAUAAAAGGAGAGACAUCUGGAUUGCCAGUAGUGCAAAUGAGUAGAGUCUUUGUAGAUCACAAGCUCAAUAUGUGAUGCAGCGGCAAAAAAAGUGAAUACUAUUAUAGGCUAUAUCAACAAGGUAUAGUGUCUAGAUCACGGGAACUAAUAGUACUGCUUUGUUCUGCCUUGGUCAGACCACACCUGGAAUACUGUGUCUAUUUCUGGGUGCCACAAUUUAAGAAGGAUAUUGACAAGCUGGAAUGUGUGUGGAGGAGGGCAACCAAGAAGAUCAGGGGUCUGGAAACCAAGCCUUAUGUGGAACAGUUGAGGGAGUUGGGUAUGUUUAGCCUGGAAAAGAGGCAACUGAGAGGAGAUAUGAUAUCCAUCUGCAAAUAUCUCAAGGGUUGUCACAUGGGGGAUGGAGAAAGCUUGUUUUCUCCUGCUCUGGAGGGUAGGACUCAACCAAUGGAUUCAAGUUACAAGAAAGGAGAUUCUGACUAAGCAUCAGGAACAACUUUCUGCCAGUAAGAGCUGUUAAGACAGUGGAACGGACUCCCUCGGGAGGUUGUGGACUCUCCUUCCUUGGAGGUUUUUAAACAGAGGUUGAUGGCCAUCUGUCACGGAUGCUUUAGAUGAGAUUCCUGCAUUGCAGGGGAUUGGACUAGAUGACCUUCAGGUCUCUUCCAACUCUACAAUUAUACGAUUCACAACCUCCACUAACUAAUAAAAGGAUUUGUCUUUGCAGGGUGGAUGAGGACACAGAAAAGGAGCAUGCCUGGCACCCAACCCACCUGCAGCUGACUGUCCUGCGUGCCUGCUCUCUACGCUCCAAGGGCGCCACUGGCACCAGCAACCCCUAUGUUGUGAUUCAGCUACAAAAGCAGAAGUUCAGGACCUCUGUAGCACUACACAGCCUAAGUCCCGAAUGGCAUGAAGAGUGUACAUUGCAGCUGCCCAGUGUGCUGGAUGACUCAGAAGAGAAUGGCCUCAUCCUUACCGUCAUGCACCAGUCCUUGCAUCAUUUCAACCAGUUCCUCGGCCGAGUAUGCUUGCCUCUUGCCCAACUUUUUCAGGACAAAACGAAGAGAAGAAAUGAGUGAGCAUCACCCGACAGCCCUGCAUCUAUCUCGCGAAGUCAAGCUAGGGAUAACCAACACAGUGUCCUCCAGAUGCAAUUUCCAUCAUCCACAGCCAGUUUGGCCAGCGGUCAAGAUUGAUGGCAGUUGUAGUCUAGAGGACACUGUGCUGGUUAACCCAGAGUUCACAUUUUUGAGCCAUGGGGUGGCAUCAGGCAAGAAGUGUAGGAAGAUAUAGUUUGGAGGUGAUGGUCCUUAAGAAAAUGGUUAGCGCCAUAUGCACCAAAAAUGUGGCAAAGCCUUUUAAGAGGUGCAUCGUUGCACAGCUGAGGCAGCAAUGCAAAGGUCAUGAACACACAAACAUGUGCACACAAUAAUAUAUUGAACGAAAACUGGCUGCAAACUAAUUAAGUCAUAGCUCCCAUAAAACUGCACGUAUAUUGAAGGGCUAUGUAAAAGUGCCAAAUUUUAGCAGGGAUUGUAAUAUUAGUAAGUACUUGGGAGGAAAGGAGAGGGCCUUUUCCAUUGGGGCUCCCCACUUGUUGAAUGCUUUCCUGUUGAAGUCCACCUGGUACCAUAAUUAACGUCCUUCUUGCUCCAGCUAGAAACUUAUCACUUCCCAGGCAUUUGAUAGCAAAAUUGUAAUAAUCUAUCUAUUGAUGGUGUGUUUUUGCUGCUCUUUUAUUGGUUCUGUUUUAUUUCAUGGCUUUUCUUAUAAUGUAUUCCCCCCCAUUUUGAGCCAUGCUUUAUGCUUUUAACAUUUUGUAAAUCACUCGUAGGCUCCUUUUGUGGCAAGCUAUUAAUUAAUAGCUGACUGGAGAAGCAAGAGGGAGGAUUCUGUCUUCUUCAGAGCUGGUAGGGAAGUUUAGCAUAUGGAUGAGAUUUAAUACACUUAUCCAGUCACGCUCUUUGAAAUGCCCAGUUGCAGAAUCUGGCAGGCUCCACCUUCAGCAAACCACCCAGGCACACCAUUUUUUUAGCAUCUCCAAUGCAGAAUAGGGCACUUCACAUUUUCCAAAAUGUAAGUUGGAGCAAUUAGCCUGUAAGCAAACAGUAAACUGGUAGGCCGAAAGAUCCAGCCAAGUGCUGAGGUCACUGCAACACACACCCAAAUUGGAAAUUUAGAGGAGCUGCAAACUCCUCCUCAGCAGCUGCCAAAUGACCAGUUUACAAAAUGGUUACAGUCACACUGUGGUAAGUUACAACUUGGUCAAUAUUCAACCGCAGUACAGUGGUACCUCGGGUUAAGUACUUAAUUCGUUCCGGAGGUCCAUUCUUAACCUGAAACUGUUCUUAACCUGAAGCACCACUUUAGCUAAUGGGGCCUCCUGCUGCUGCUGCGCCGCCAGAGCACGAUUUCUGUUCUCAUCCUGAAGCAAAGUUCUUAACCCGAGGUACUAUUUCUGGGUUAGCGGAGUCUGUAACCUGAAACAUAUGUAACCUGAAGCGUAUGUAACGCGAGGUACCACUGUAUAUGACAGGGGAAACCAACAGUGCCCUCCAGAUGUUGUGUCGUAUGACUCCCAUCACCCUCAGCCAGCACAACCAAAGGUCAAUAAUCGUGAUUGUAGUCCAGCAACAUCUGCAAGGUGCUGUGUUGGCUACCCCUGCUCUAGAGCAUCCUUCUGCAAUCCAGAGACCUCUAGAUGUGUACUGCAACUCCCUUUAGCCCAGGGUUUCCCAAACUUGGGUCUCCAGCUGUUUUUGAACUACAACUCCCAUCAUCCCUGACCGCUGGUCAUGCUAGCUAGGCAUGAUAGGAGUUGUAAUCCAAAAAACAGCUGGAGACCCAGGUUUGGGAAAUACUGCUUUAGCCCAAGUCAGUUGCUGUAGUACAGGAUUGUGCAAAACAUCUGGAGGACACCAGGUUGAGGAAGGUUGCCCUAUUGUGUUACCACAUAGGUACCAAGGAACAACCUGGUGGCUGUAUUCUGUCUCUUCUAACCUAGACAGUAUGCCUCUGAAUACCAGUGGCUGAGAAUCACAAGUGGAGAGAGCGCUAUUUGGCUCUGCUCCUGCUUUUGUGCAUCUCAUAAGCAUCUGGUUGGUUACUGUGAGAACAGGAUGCUGGAUUAGAUGAGGCCUUGGCCUGAUCCAGCAGGCCUCGUUAGAUUAUUGGUACUGCAGUGGUAACCCAUAGAGCCAGGGUAGACUGUGUGCAACUCUUCAGAUCUUUCAGGCUACAGUUUUGAGUCACCCCUGCUCAGUGGCCAAACUGGCUGGGUCUGAUGGGACUUGUGCUCCACAACACCUGGAGGCCACCAUGUUGCCUCUCUCAGUAGUAGAAGAGCAGUAAGUUAGACACCUGCCAUAGAGGCCAUUGUCUUAUCUCUCUGCAGGUGGUUUGUGCUGCAGUCUCGACCUGGCAAGAAGGAGAAGACAAGAGGACAGUUGCAGCUGGACAUUCAGUUCUUACAGAUCUCAUCACAAGCCAGUGAGCCAGCGUUAAACUCUCGUGGGCCCUGGGCUUUCUUCUCCAGAUUCUAUGGGAGCAGGAAGGGCAGACGGUACAAGGUGUACAAAGAAGCGCCGUCUCAGUCACCCAGCUUGGUAUGUGAAGCAGGACAGAACCUGUCCCAGUUACUGAGUUCUCUUCUGCAAAGGGUGCAGGCACUUUCCUUUUUCAGCCAGAAGCUGAAUCCACUUGGGCAGUAAACUCCACUUUAUAAGGAGUUCUGUAAACAACUUGCAUUACUGGCGAAGUGUUCCUAAAAUGCAAAUGCAACCCUGUUGGCCCACAACCAUCAUUCAGAGGGCGUUAUUGGUGGUGGCACCCACCCUGUGGAACGCCCUCCCACCAGAUGUCAAGGAAAUAAACAACUACCUGACUUUCAGAAGACAUCCGAAGGCAGCCCUGUUUAGGGAAGUUUUUAAUGUUUGAAGUUUUAUUCUGUUUAAUAUUCUGUUGGAAGCCACCCAGAGUGGCUGGGGAAACCCAGCCAGGUGAGCGGGCUAUAAAUUUUAUUUAUUUAUUUAUUUAUUUAUUUAUUUAUUUAUCUAGCUAUCAAAAACCCACAUUAGGGUAAUACCGUUAUGAGGUAAUCAAUAUGUCAAAAAACGGUGUGCAAGCUUUUCAGUUCUCCAGAACUCUUCAUCAGGCAGACAGUAAGCAGAGCAAAUUGUGGGUGGGAGGAGGUGGCGGCUGGUGGUAAAGUCAUCGCUGUAUGAAUCUUUAGAUGGAGUGAGGUAUGAGACCACAGACAUUCAAAUGAGGUUGCAUUAGGUAUUACGGAGGCAUCAGGUUGCACUAUGGCCUCUUGGGAAGCAGAAAACCCUCUUGGUCUACUGCCUUAGGCUACCGUCCUAUAUACCCACUGACUAGUGGUUAAGCAUCCCUGGACUCAGGUGUGCUGGUCAGCCAAAUAACCCUGUUCCUCAAAUAGAAUAAUACCGAGCAAGACUUCCUGAAUAGUGACUAACCGCCAAGGUCCACUUUGUUUCCGUUCCUUGCAGAUGGUGACAGACUUCGCUUCCCUUUUUGUUGGUUAAAAAACCCCAAACAUUUCUCUAAUAGGGAUAAGAACAUUAGGAAGAGAGAAAACCUAGUCAACCAAGUCCUAGUUCUCUUUAUUAUGAGCAUCAUUUCUGGCUGGGGAUGGUAGGCAGUGACCCUAGUUGGGCACAUUUGAAUAGUGGUGAAUUAAGCUUCAGAGCUGCUGCCUUAACUCUGUAUGCUUCUCUUUUAUACAGACAAAUGACGAGGAUUCAUCUUCCUCCAGUAUGACCACUGAGCUAGAGGCCUCAUCAAUGAAGUCUGGAUCCAAGUGCGGCAGCUCCUUGCACAUGGUAGCAGGUGACUACGGAGAGGAGGAAGUGCCCAAGCUGUAUAAAGGCAGCACUGUGAACACCUUACCAACUGGAGGGAGUUCCCUCCAUGUAGAUGUUGCCAAUGCAGUACCUUCCAGAUGUUGUGGACUAGAUCCCACCAUCCCUGGCCACUGACCACGCUUGCUGGAGCUGAUGGGAGUUGGCAUCCAAUAUCUGGAAGGCACUAGACUGCAGGAGGCUGCCCUGUGAGAUCGCUUAUCACAGGCAUGCACUAGUUCCAACCUUGCUUUCGAAAAGGAGCAACUAAUGUAGUAAACCUUUAAGAUCUGCAGUACAAACUGAACUGAAACAUAGCUGACCCUCUUUCUUCAGGGAGGUAGACACAAACUAUCGCUUAGCUGAUCAAACGAUUGCUAAGCUGUGUUAUCAGUGGUGAGCCCUUUUAUUUCAUAAAUGAGACAGCAUCCCAUCUUCAGCAACUGGCCAUUACCCACCCACCACUGCUGGCCACAUUCAGCAACAGUGAGAGGGUCUCCAAGUCGGUGCCAACCCUGUCACAUAUCUCUGCCUGCCACAGGUGCUCCAUGCUAAUCUAUGCAUCCGCCUCACAUGUGCUUUCAGUACAUGAGGGUUUGCCCAUUAAGAUCAGUACCUACUUCUUGCCCACCCUCUAAAGUUUGAGGACAGGCUGACAAGCCAAGAGUUCCACUGUGCACUCUCCAAAUUUGCCCUGGUUCUUUUAGCUACAGGUAACUGGAAAUUAGGGACGCAGGUGGCGCUGUGGGUUAAACCACAGAGCCUAGGACUUGGCUGGUCAGAAGGCUGGCGGUUCGAAUACCUGUGACGGGGUGAGCUCCUGUUGCUCGGUCCCUGCUCCUGCCAACCUAGCGAUUCGAAAGCACGUCAAAGUGCAAGUAGAUAAAUAGGUACCGCUCUGGUGGGAAGGUAAACGGUGUUUCCGUGCGCUGCUCUGGUUCUCCAUGCUGGCCACAUGACCUGGAAGCUGUACGCUGGCUCCCUUGGCCAAUAAAGCGAGAUGAGUGCCGCAACCCCAGAGUCAGUCACGACUGGACCUAAUGGUCAGGGUCCCUUUACCUUUACCUUUUUAAGUGGAAAUUGUAUGACAUGCCUAAAAAAUAGCAGUUUCUCUCUCUCUCUCUCUCUCUCUCUCUCUCUCUCUCUCACACACACACACACACACACACACACAGUAUGUGACAUGGGGGAAUGUGUGCUAAGGAAACUUUGGUUUUGCACUUGGCAUAAAUUAUGCUUAUCAGUUUGAGUUGCGUUACUCAACUGCACUGUGGAUUGUCUGCAAAGUCUGGAAGAUUUAGACAAGGACUAGAUUAGUUGGGAACAGCAAAGCAGUCAGCACAUAUAGAAGCCUAGAAGUCAGGGGAAGUUGCUAAAGGUGCACCACUGCCAGCUGAAAGUCAAUCUUGAUUUCCAUGGGGUGCAUGGAACUGAGUCUUUUUUUCUUCUAAAUCAUGCCCUGCACUGUGUAGCAAAUAUUGGGAAUGGGCACCCUAAGACACCUAUGAAUCGCACAUCUACUAGAAUCUCACAUCUACUAAUACAUCACACUCCAGCUGCAAGCAAUUAAUGAAAAGUUUUGUUAAGUGGGAACUGCUUUGGGGCUGUAGAAAAUCACAGUUCUGUAACCCUUUUGGCUCUACCCCCACCCUUUACAGCAACCUCGGCUGGCAAAAAACCCACCUCCAAAACUCAGCUGCAGAAGCUUAUUUCGUGCAACUACAAAGAACUCACCCCUGAUGCUAAGAACCUGGCAGCCAACUCAAGUCAGUCUGAGCACCCAAGUACCCUUGAACAGUUCAGCAGCAUAUUUACUCAACAGCUCAAGAAAAAAUCUAAGCCUCUGAAAGAGGAGAGGAACCUGGAGGCGGCAGGCAUUUCUAUGGAGGCUUGGCAAACAUCUCUUCCACCUCUCCACGUUGCAGGGCCCAGUGACAUCCCUCCACGAGCACAGACCCUUCACCUGUCGACAGUCAGCCUCCAGCAGACAACCAGCACUGCUACAGCCAGCUCUGUGACCAGGCACUUCCACAGGUGCCGCAUGCACCUGAGUAGGAGCUAUCAGUUCUUUCGCAGGUGUUUUGGCCUGGUUCCCUGAUGCUGGGGGGUCUGUCUUUUGUCUCUCGUUCUCUUGGCGAAGGAGAUUUAUUGGAAUAGUCACAGUGUACAA